UUCUAUCUGUCAAAAAACUAACCCUUUUCAUCGAUCUCGUUUUCCGCCAAGCUAUUCCUAGUUAUCCGUCCCUUUUGCCACAUCAGUACGAAGAAAAUAAGUUAUUUUUAUAAGUAGACGUAUCAGUCAAUAGGAAUUACAAAGUUUUUUCCGCAAAAAGAACAUGCAUAAUGCUUCUGUAUUGCAAAAUUAGUAGUGAGAUUUGGUUGGUAAUAUUCAGUACCAUUGUCGCUAUUUUAUUGAGAUGUUGCACCAGUCUUCAUUCAUACUCAGGAGAAGGAACACCUCCAAUGUAUGGAGAUUAUGAAGCACAAAGACAUUGGAUGGAAAUAACAACAAAUUUGCAUGUAACAGAUUGGUAUCAAAACACUACAGAUAACCACCUCAACUACUGGGGAUUGGACUACCCCCCCUUAACGGCCUAUCAUAUGUUUUUAUGUGGAAAAGUUGCAAAUUUUAUCAACGAGAAUUUCACCAAGUUGCACGACUCUCGUGGUCAUGAAAGCGAGACACAUAAGUUGUUCAUGAGAUAUACUGUGUUAUUAAGUGAUGUAGCUUUAUUUAUACCAAGUAUAAUUAUUUAUUAUUACACCUGUAUAAUACCAGAGAAUAAGCAAGAUAAUGUUAAAGUUAAAAAUCAUCAAAAACCUAAAAGCAAUAUAAAACUGACGAUAAUAGACUCUUCACUUUCAGUGAUUUUAGCUUUGCUUUACCCAGGAAUAAUUUUAAUUGAUCAUGGCCAUUUUCAGUAUAAUUCUAUAUCUUUAGGACUGUUUAUAUUUGCUACUAUAUUUAUUUUACACAGAAAAAAUAUCCUUGCUUCUGUAUUUUUUAGUUUAGCACUAAAUUACAAGCAAAUGGAGCUGUACCAUUCCAUACCCUUCUUUCUUUAUCUCUUAAGUAUUUGUGUUCCAAAGCCUGGUCAAGGUACUAUUUCUGGAUUGUUUAGACUUAUAAAGAUAGGCUUAACUGUAAUAAUUACUUUCACCAUAAUUUGGUUACCGUUUAUUUUUGAUUUGGGCGUGUUCUUACAAGUUUUGCAUCGUCAAUUUCCCAUUGCUCGAGGAGUGUUUGAAGAUAAAGUAUCGAAUGUUUGGUGUGCUUUAAAUAUAUUUUAUAAAUUUAAAAAUCACUUUGAUAACCAUCAAAUGAUGCGUUUGUGUUUGUUUACCACGUUGUCAGCGAUCCUUCCAUCAAGUGCAGACUUAUUUCUUCGGCCAAAUAUUAAGAAAUUUGUAUUGUCUUUGAUCAACUCGUCCUUAGCUUUUUUCUUGUUUAGUUUUCAAGUACACGAAAAAACAAUACUUUUAGUUGCAAUUCCGGUACUUCUUUAUUUUCCGUAUUCACCCUUUGUUUGUUUGUGGUUUUUAUAUAUUUCAAUUUUUAGUAUGGUACCUUUAAUAAUUAAAGAUAAGCUACUUAUAGCACUUAUAGGUUUAACUGUAUUUUAUAUGAUAUCGUCACGAAUUUGUCUGGAACAUGCUGUGAAAAACUCUUUUAAAACAAACACUGGCUUGUCAGAGUAUUAUAAAAGACUAAUUAAUGCCUUAUUUCGUAAUGACCCUAAAAAUAACGCUAAAAUAGAAGCAAUUGCAAUGUUUACAUGUCAACGAGUAUUAAAAAAUAAAAAUAACGCCAAAAUAGAAACAAUUGCAAUGACAUAUCAACGAGUGUUAAAAAAUAAAGAAGCCUUAUUUGCUUUAAUUCUUCACUUGAGUUUGUUGUUUUCUGUUGUAGGGUCGAUAACGUUGUUUUUAUUUAGUGUAAUUUGGGAACCGCCCAUAAAAUACCCAGAUUUAUAUCCUUUGUUAAUUUCUCUUUAUUCUUGUGUACACUUUUUGGGAUUCUUUGUAUAUUUUAAUGUAAAGCAAUUUAGUAUACCUCAAGAAUUUGAUGAUAUUAAAUAUGUUAAAGUUAAAGCUUCAUGAAAGUAUUGGUAAAUAAAUAUGUUAAGUAGUGAAUUAUAAAAUUUGAGAAUAAAUUUUUUAAUGUUAA